AUGAAAGAAAAGAAUCUUUUGGAAUUGUUCUUUCCAAUUCAAGCAAAUCAAGUAAAUCAAGCAAAUCAAACAGAACAGCAACAACAAAUAAUGGUUGAUCAAAUUUUACCAAAUGAUUUAAUAGAAAUGGUCCCAAGAAACAAUCUAACAGCUACAAAUGAUUUUGUAAAAGAGUAUUUAAAUUCAACAAUAACCUCUACUAAACUAUCUACAAAUUUAGGAAAUGAAUUAAAAGACAUGGUAAAGAAUCAAAGAAUUAGUGUCAUUGAUUUAAUUGUAUCAUUUGCUCAAGAUUUGAAAAAAAAACAAAAGAUUGGUAGUGGAAGAUCAAACAAAGGUCUUUAUGAUAGCGAAAUUGAAAGAAUAAUGAAACCAUAUCAUAGAAAGGGAUUUGAAAGAGUAAUAGCAAGUGAUCAAUUAAAUUUAUUGGAACCAAAAGACAAGAUGUCAUUUAUUAUGAAUUUGGAUCCACACAACAAACCAGGAAGUCAUUGGGUUGCAGUAUACAUUGAUGCAGAUAAAGAUAAAUCAGUAGAGCAUUAUGAUUCAUUUGGCCAAGAACCAACAGAUGACUUUAUGAAACAAUUAAAAGAUUUAAUUGAUGAAAUCAAUUCAGAUUAUUAUUUAAAAUUCAAAGUAAAUAAAAAUCAUUGA